CCGAGAUAAAUUUGACCCCAGACGCUCCCCUAACAUCCGUAUCACAGUGUGUUGUCUGCUAAGCUGAUUGCAAUUUUCCAGGUCCUGAGGCUCAUUGAAAUUGACUCUUUCCCUCAAUGGGUCAUCUGUUCUGACUCUCUUGUAGCUUUGAAGCUAUUACAAUCCCCUACCGGCACUUGUUGUAAUAUUGUCUAUGGCAUCCAUAAGCUGCUGUUACGGUUGAACGAUUCAAAGUCUGUACAUCUGCAAUGGGUCAAGGCAAGGCCCACAAUGGCAUUAUUGGUGAUGAACAUGCUGAUGCUGCUGCUAAACUGGGACAUCACCUGCAUCACUCUGCCUUGUUCCCUCUACCUUGCUUGGAUGCCCUUGCUAUACUUUGUCAUGUUUUCUUAAUAUUUGGGAGUCGAAUUGGGUUUCUGCAGUGGCUACUGAUGGACGAGUCCACCAUCUUGCUUCCAUUUGCUCAGGGUUGUCUCCAGUCCCAUGGAUUGCCUGUCAUUCCAUGUUUCAGUGGUCUUAAGACACCUUCAUCUUGGACAUGUUGGGGUUCGUUCUUACCUCCAUCGAUUUGGGAUGGCUGACACUCCCAUGUGCCUGCAUUGUGGUGUAGAAGAAACAAUUGAACACUUCCUGCUGAUAUGUGCUCUAUAUGACCUUGAGAGACAGGUGAUGGUGUCGAGCAUCAAUGCCCUGGGAGGCUGGGACUCUGGGAGUCCCUCUCAUCUUUGUGCAUAUGCUUCUUGGCGGAGGCAACUACCCCAUAAGAGUUCAGCACUCCAUAGUGCGAGCAACUGCUAUGUAUCUCACACAAACUGGUCAUCUAACUACCUUAUAGCCAAUGAAGAGCACUGGAUCCAAUGACAAUUUCCCUUUCAUUGCUUCACAUCAUGUGAAACUGAUGACAACAUGGAGAGAAUGCACCAGUGGAGAGAAGAAAGAAACUGAAAUGAGAAGAUGAAGACAAGAAUUAUAUAAACAUUGCUGAGUCCAGGUGUUACAAGUGGUUGGGUACAUGACUUCUUCUUCACCUUCAAACUGGCAUCAAAUCAAAUCAUUGUCAACCUUGAAUGAGCUAAUUUUUACUUUAACAAAAAUUUUUACAAGUAAAAGCAGUCAGCACUGGCCUUGAAUAGUCACGGUGUUGAAUAAAGUAUAUUUUUGCAAAUUGCGAAAAGAGGACUUAAGGCUAGCUCCUCUUGAACCUGGUAAUCAUUCGACUUUGGCCACUCAAUUGCAAACAAUUUUACUACCUAGAUUCUCAAAUCUCAAUUACUCAGUAGUCAAUACCGUUCUCUUAUUUAUAUCAAACACAAAGCAUUCUUUAACUUUGAAAUGGCUGCUAAAUGGAAAGGAAUUCAACUAUGUGAGACUCCCAAUUGUGGACUAGAAGCAAAGCUUCAAUGUCCUACCUGCAUCAAGUUGGACAUAAAAGGUUCAUACUUCUGCUCACAGAGUUGCUUCAAGGAGAGCUGGGGAAUUCACAAAUUGGUCCACAAAAAAAGCAGAGAAGUAGAAUCUUCUGCUUACAAUCCAUGGCCAUUCUACACAUUUACUGGUAACUUGAGGCCUGCAAAACAGACGCCGCGCCGCACCGUACCUGCCCACAUUGCCCGGCCAGACUACGCUGACACAAGCAUACCUCUGUCUGAACAGAAGCUCCGAGGCACAACCAGCAUCAGAGUCCUCAAUGACGAGGAGAUUGAGAGCAUGCGCGUAGCUUGCAAGUUAGCCCGUGAGGUUCUGGAUGAGGGGGCUGCAGCGGCUGCUGUUGGCGUCACGACUGAUGAAAUAGACAGAAUAGUACAUGAGGCGUCAGUGGAAAGAGAAUGCUACCCUUCGCCUCUGAACUACCAUGGCUUCCCUAAGUCUUGUUGCACCUCUAUUAAUGAAGUCAUCUGUCACGGCAUCCCUGACUUGCGUCCUCUGGUCAAUGGUGAUAUCUGCAACAUUGAUGUGACGGUUUACCAUCGUGGCUAUCAUGGAGACCUUAACGAGACGCUUCUCAUUGGCGAUGUCAACGAGAAUGCCAAGAAUCUUGUCAAGACCACUUGGGAAUGUCUCCAGAAAGUCACCGAAAUGCUGCGGCCAGGAGUGAAGUAUCGGGACGUCGGCACCGUAAUCCAGCGUCAUGCGCAGUCCCAGAACUACAGCGUAGUGCGCUCCUACUGCGGCCACGGCAUCCAUGAGCUCUUCCACACGACGCCCUCUGUGCCGCAUUACGCCAAAAACAAAGCCAUAGGAAUCAUGAAAGCUGGCCAUACGUUCACUGUGGAACCCAUGAUCUCUGAAGGAACUUGGAAGGACGAGCAGUGGCCGGACAACUGGACAGCUGUCACAAACGACGGUAAACUUUCUGCUCAGUUCGAGGAAACUUUUCUGAUAACUGACACUGGUGUUGAGGUCCUCACUAGAAGGCGCACACGUGGCGGCCAACCAUAUUUCAUGGAUUAACCGAUAUAAAUAUAAAUUUUCUAAUCCAUCCGUAUGGUGCUUUCACACCUGGCUAAGCAAAUUGUGUCUGGACGGAAACAAGAGUUUUUACGAACUGUGUUGGUAAGAUUUGUUGUAACCUUCAUUAUGAUUUGGUCUGACCAGGUAGUGAAAGUGUCCUGUGAGUUAAAAGUGAAUUCAUCCUUAUUUCAGCGGUUGCAAUGGACUUAAUGUUUAACUAUUUGUGUUUGAUGAAAAUGGGUAGGGUUAGCUCGCGUAGGCUAUAAUUAACAUGUAUCGCCUGGCCAUGGAUGACUCCACCAGCCUACUUCGUUCUUCAAGUUGAUUCUAGGAUUCUAAAAAAAAGGUGCAGAGAGCUGAGUGAUCGUUCAUUAUUGUUAUGAACUCGUUAACGGUAGAGUUACAGUGAAAAAUUUUCGUUCAUUCUCUAGGAACGGAGAGCUGCAGGUGCAAAUAAUGCUAUGGAACUUCACUCCGUAUGAUUUUGAUAUUUGUGUAUUUUUUAAGCCAGCUAGAACUGUAAUUCGUUAGCGUUGAGGUCUUGUGCUGCUUUUAAUUCUUGAUAUUUCUUGCUAGUGCCUUUUCAUUGAGAGUUGUUAACAUAGAAUUCAAAUGUGUCUGAACGCGUGACCGUAAGUCUACUGUUGUCUGGAUACGUCUAUGGCAGUGGUUACAAAAAUUUGCAUCCUAGUUCCUAUCUCAACUUGCUACAAUAUGAAUGUUACCUCCUUCACCAAUGUUAUCAACAGUAAUGUGCAUUAACUUUUUCUCUCAACAUUCGAUCACUCCCAAAAAAUUGACGAAUCACGCGCUUGGGGGUAUUGCUAUCCAAUGGUUAAAGUUUUUUUUUUUUUCUUCGGAGCUCUCGUCCAAGCUCGAUAUUUUUCGUCGGAGCAUUGCCUUGCAUCGACAGAAAAUGUUAAUUUCAACAAAGUUAAUACUUGAUUCUUGAAGCAGUCAGGAAAUACUACGACGAUCGUUAUCAUAAAUUGCUUGCGUAUAAAUUUCUAAGCAUGGACUCCGGCCAUUCAGCUCAUGGUUUGUCCGUACAACCAUGGUUCAGCUAUUCCUAACUGACUAGUCCCCUCGCGAAUUUGAAUGCAACAGAAAUAAAUAACCAAUAAAGGUCAUCACUCCAACUACAACAUCUAGCAAGUGCUAAAUUGUAAGGAGAUGCGUCUGGAAUGUAAAUGUAGGCUUUCUCGAGUCUUGAAUUCUGUUCCAACGCCUGUUGUUCGAAAUUCCGUAUCAAUGUCUAGUUCUAAUUUGAAACCCAGAUGCUGCGACUGAAAUUUAUUUGCAUAGUUUGAUCCAGUAUGCAUCUGAAGAUUGAGUCAUAAGUCUAUCUGGUGUACGAGGUACUAGUCUCAGGUCUGAAUCCUGGUAAACUAUGUGGUGGGAUUUACUUGGUAAGUAACUAUGUGGUAGCACAGUCAUUUGACUUGGUUCGUGUAGUGAACGCCUAGGAGUCCUUUAAAAUUGUGGAAUGUCUGCUUUCACCAUAUGAAUUGAUAAAUUAAGAUUUCUUUCUUCAGUUGUACAUCUUGCACAUCGUUGAAUUACUAAUAAGUCGCACUAUUUUCGAUGGAUCCGGCCUCGUCGGAAUCGGGACGACUGACAAUAAUGACACCUGCCAUCUGUUCUCAUUUAAUUCCUGAAAUAAACUGUGCAUAUUUUA